AUGAGUGGAUGUACUUGGAAACAGAUCGAUUGCCUAAACCUAGCUCAUUUCGCCGCUUCGUCUGCAAAACUUUUGAAAAGAAGGCCUGCGGCAGUGGCCGGACGGCCGAGAGCCUGGCCUGCUGCCACUCGCUCUUCAUGUGUCGCAGUCGCAAAAGUUCGCUCGGGCUGUCGCAUCAAGCGGUUAGCACCAAAAUCCGACGACGACGACGCCGAGCAAUUACCUCCUCAGUGUGGGCGCGCUUUUUCGCGUGUAAUAAUGCUGAUUCGGAGAGGCAGCAACGAUGUGGGCGUGGUCAAAGAGCCACCUUUCGAACACGAACGACGAAAACUCACGGCCAUCUACUGCUACUGCUCCUCCUCCUCCUCAUCGUCGCCAGACCUCGUCCUUGUCCUCGUCUCAUCUCUGGCUGUAUCGUUUUAA